AUUGACCAAUGGACUUUGAUCUUUGAGGCCACGCCCCUAUUCUGCGCUCUAGUACCGCCCUGGUUACACCUCCUCUGGCUCCGUCUUACAGCUGCGCGGUGGCUGAUUGACUUCCGCAGUGGUUGCCGGGAUCGCGCUGAUGUGGCCCCAACCCCGCCUCCCUCCCCGCCCCGCGAUGUCGGAAGAAACCCGACAGAGCAAAUUGGCCGCAGCGAAGAAAAAGUUGAGAGAAUAUCAGCAGAGGAACAGCCCUGGUGUUCCUACAGGAGCGAAAAAGAAGAAGAAAAUAAAAAAUGGCAAUAACCCUGAGACAACCACUUCUGAUGGUUGCCACUCACCUGAGGAUAUUCAGGACAUUCUGAAGGUGCUGGUGUCCGACCUUAACCGUUCCAAUGGGGUAGCGCUCCCCCCAUUGGACAAGUGGAAGACACCCAAGGACAAUGCUGCUACUCUACAACCAUCUGACGACACCGUGUUACCUGGCGGUGUCCCUUUCCCUGGUGCCAGUCUCACUAGCAUGGCGGCAUCUCAGAAUCAUGAUGCUGACAAUGUCCCUAAUCUCAUGGAUGAAACCAAGACUUUCUCAUCAACCGAGAGCCUGCGACAACUCUCCCAACAGCUCAAUGGUCUUGUUUGUGAGUCUACGACAUGUGUCAAUGGGGAGGGCCCUGCAUCAUCUGCUAACCUGAAGGAUCUGGAGAGCCGGUACCAACAGCUAGCGGUAGCCCUGGACUCCAGCUAUGUAACAAACAAACAACUCAAUAUCACGAUAGAGAAAUUGAAACAACAGAACCAAGAAAUUACGGAUCAGUUGGAAGAAGAAAAGAAAGAAUGCCACCAAAAGCAGGGAGCCCUAAGGGAGCAGUUACAGGUUCACAUUCAGACCAUAGGGAUCCUCGUAUCAGAGAAAGCUGAGUUACAGACAGCCCUGGCUCACACUCAGCAUGCUGCCAGGCAGAAAGAAGGAGAGUCCGAAGAUCUGGCCAGCCGCCUGCAGUAUUCCCGGCGGCGUGUGGGAGAGUUGGAGCGGGCUCUCUCUGCUGUCUCCACGCAGCAGAAGAAGGCAGACAGGUACAACAAGGAGUUAACCAAAGAGAGAGAUGCCCUCAGGCUGGAGUUAUACAAGAACACCCAAAGCAAUGAGGACCUGAAGCAAGAGAAAUCAGAAUUGGAAGAGAAGCUUCGGGUCCUAGUGACUGAGAAGGCUGGCAUGCAGCUUAACUUGGAAGAAUUGCAAAAGAAGUUAGAGAUGACGGAACUCCUGCUUCAACAGUUUUCAAGCCGGUGUGAAGCCCCUGAUGCUAACCAGCAGUUACAGCAGGCCAUGGAGGAGCGGGCACAGCUGGAAGCACACCUGGGGCAGGUAAUGGAGUCGGUUAGACAACUACAAAUGGAGAGAGAUAAAUAUGCGGAGAAUCUCAAAGGAGAGAGCGCCAUGUGGCGGCAGAGGAUGCAACAGAUGUCAGAGCAGGUGCACACAUUGAGAGAGGAGAAGGAAUGUAGCAUGAGUCGGGUACAGGAGCUGGAGACGAGCUUGGCUGAACUGAGGAACCAGAUGGCUGAACCCCCACCCCCAGAGCCCCCAGCAGGGCCCUCCGAGGUGGAGCAGCAGCUACAAGCGGAGGCUGAGCACCUGCGGAAGGAGCUGGAGAGUCUGGCAGGACAGCUCCAAGCCCAGGUGCAAGACAAUGAGGGCUUGAGUCGCCUGAACCGGGAGCAGGAAGAGAGGCUGCUGGAACUGGAGCGGGCGGCCGAGCUCUGGGGGGAGCAGGCAGAGGCGCGCAGGCAAAUCCUGGAGACCAUGCAGAACGACCGCACCACCAUCAGCCGCGCACUCUCCCAGAACCGGGAGCUCAAGGAGCAGCUGGCUGAGCUGCAGAGCGGAUUCGUAAAGCUGACUAAUGAGAACAUGGAGAUCACCAGCGCACUGCAGUCGGAGCAGCACGUCAAGAGGGAGCUGGGAAAGAAGCUGGGCGAGCUGCAGGAGAAGCUGAGCGAGCUGAAGGAAACGGUGGAGCUGAAGAGCCAAGAGGCUCAAAGUCUGCAGCAGCAGCGAGACCAGUACCUGGGACACCUGCAGCAGUACGUGGCCGCCUAUCAGCAGCAGGUGGCCACCUAUCAGCAGCUGACCUCUGAGAAGGAGGCGCUGCAUAAUCAGUUACUGCUGCAGACCCAGCUGGUGGACCAGCUGCAGCAGCAGGAAGCUCAGGGCAAAGCAGUGGCCGAGAUGGCCCGCCAAGAGUUGCAAGAAACCCAGGAGCGCCUGGAAGCUGUCACCCAGCAGAACCAGCAGCUACGGGCCCAGUUGAGCCUCAUUGCUCACCCUGGGGAAGGAGAUGGACUGGACCGGGAGGAGGAGGAUGAGGAGGAGGCAGAGGCGGUGGCAGUGCCUCGGCCCAUGCCAAGCAUCCCAGAGGACCUGGAGAGCCGGGAAGCCAUGGUGGCAUUUUUCAACUCAGCUGUAGCCAGUGCCGAGGAGGAGCAGGCAAGGCUACGUGGGCAGCUGAAGGAGCAAAGGGUGCGCUGCCGGCACCUGGCUCACCUGCUGGCGUCGGCCCAGAAGGAGCCUGAGGCAGCAGCCCCAGCCCCAGGGACUGGGGGUGAUUCUGUGUGUGGGGAGACCCACCGGGCCCUGCAGGGGGCCAUGGAGAAGCUGCAGAGCCGCUUUAUGGAGCUCAUGCAGGAGAAGGCGGACCUGAAGGAGAGGGUAGAGGAACUGGAACAUCGCUGCAUCCAGCUUUCUGGAGAGACAGACACCAUUGGAGAGUACAUCGCACUGUACCAGAGCCAGAGGGCAGUGCUGAAAGAGCGGCACCGGGAGAAGGAGGAGUACAUCAGCAGGCUGGCUCAAGACAAGGAGGAGAUGAAGGUGAAGCUGCUGGAGCUGCAGGAGCUGGUCUUACGGCUUGUGGGCGACCGCAACGAGUGGCAUGGCAGAUUCCUGGCAGCUGCCCAGAAUCCUGCUGAUGAGCCCGCUUCAGGGGCCGCAGCCCCCCAGGAACUUGGGGCUGCCGACCAGCAGAGUGAUCUUUGCGAGGUGAGCCUCGCCGGCAGUGUGGAGCCUGCCCAAGGAGAGGCCAGGGAGGGUUCUCCCCGUGACAACCCCACUGCACAGCAGAUCAUGCAGCUGCUUCGUGAGAUGCAGAACCCCCGGGAGCGCCCAGGCUUGGGCAGCAACCCCUGCAUUCCUUUUUUUUACCGGGCUGACGAGAAUGAUGAGGUGAAGAUCACUGUCAUCUAAAAGCCGGCUACUGUCAGCAAAGCCUGAAGAAGUGGGGCUGGAUACCCUGCCCCCACCAUAUCCCUACCAACCCUUCUCAGUCACCCCUUUCCCCUUACAGUAGUAAGCAUAGACCCCUGUCUAACGGGGGUAGACAGGUGCAGAUGAGGUGAAGAUCACUGUCAUCUAAAAGCUGGCCACUAAAUUAAAAAAAAAUGAAAAGUUAUGGGAUUAAAAAAAGUUAUGGGAUAAAAAAGGUUAUGGGUAAGUUAUGGUAUAAAAGUUAUGAAAAAAGGCCAGGCGCGGUGGCUCACGCCUGUAAUCCCAGCACUUUUGGGAGGCUGAGGUGGGUGGAUCACCUGAGGUUGGGAGUUCAAGACCAGCCUGGUCAACAUGGUGAAACUGUGUCUCUACUAAAAAUACAAAAAUUAGCCAGGCAUGGUGGCACGUGCCUGUAAUCCCAGUUACUCGGGAGGCUGAGGUAGGAGAAUCGUUUGAACCUGGGAGGUGGAGGUUGCAGUGGACUGAGAUCACGCCAUUGCACUCCAGCCUGGGCGACAGAGUGAGACUCUGUCUCAAAAAAAAAAAAAAUUAUGAAAAAAGUUAUGGGAUUAAAGAAAAGUCAGGAUAAAAAUUUUAAAAAGCAGGCCACUGUCAGCAAAGCCUGGAGAAGUGGGGCUGGAGGCUCCGCCCCCAUCAUGUCCCUGCCACCCCUUCCCAGUCACCCCUUUACUCUUACAGUAGCAAAUAAGACCCCUGUCUAAUGGGGGGAGACAAAUGUGUAGACCCUUUGCCACCUUGGCCAGGGCUGACUCCUUAAAUUUCUGGAUGAUGAUGAUUGUUAUUUAAUAGCCAGAGGCUCAUAUAAUUGGCUUGUUUGGAGGAGGCCUGAUGGCCUCCUUACUCUCACCAAAGCAAUUUUUCCCUCAGGGGGGCUCCCAUCUUCUUACACAGAGAGGCAGCUGAGGCAGGACAGUGGGGCUAACUGUAGACCAGGCGAGGGCACGGGCUGCUGGGGUGGCCCCGCUUACCCAGUGUACAUAUUGUAUCUGUGUAACAUUUUGUAUAUUCCAGGGGUAGGGCCGCCCCCUGUAUCAUACCUAGCAGAGGUUGGAGCUGGCACACGGGGAGGAGGUUCUAAUAAUUAUUUGGGGCUGGGAAACUUAUUUAUUGAUAGCAUAGGACAGAGGAAGGAGGCGGGGAUGGGGUCGUGGCGCCCUGGUGAUGCGACUCCUGUUUAUUUUGCUUUUUAUUUCGGAAUAAAUGGAUUUAGCCAUA